GCACCGCUGAGGGACUGCAAGGCCUGGCAGGACGCUGGACUUGGGCUGUCGACCACUAGCAACGAAGCCUGUAAGCUAUUUGAUGCUGCGCUAAGCCAGAUGAGAAGAUGGAUGUAGUUUUAUCGAUUGAGGAAAGAACACUUAAGCAGUCACUGCUAGUGUGUACUUAGACGCACGCCCGUGAUGCUUUCCCACAGCAGAGUCAAAUCUAACAGUAUGCAACGUGGCGCAACGAUGAGAAUCUAGGAGGUAUUGAAGGGUGUCUUUCCAAGUUAAAGGCUGCAGAUCCAAAUUUUGUCAUGGGACAUGUCAUUGCUAACGGAUUGGAGCUUAUUGGCACUGGAAGCUCAGUGCGGCUCAACAGAGAUCUGGGCAGUGCGCUGAAAACAAUGAUGACGCUGUCGAGAUCUCAGCCUCUGACGGAGCGGGAGAAGCUUCACGUAUUGGCCUUGGACAUGUUUGCCAGUGGACAGCUUCCAAAAGCUUGUGAUGUAUGGGAACAGAUUCUACAGAACCAUCCGACGGACUUGCUAGCCCUCAAAUUUUCCCAUGACACUUAUUUCUACUUAGGAUAUCAAAUACAAAUGCGAGAUUCUGUUGCUCGGGUUUUUCCUUUCUGGACACCUGACGUUCCUCUGAGCAGCUACGUGAAGGGCUUCUACUCUUUUGGACUCAUGGAAACAAACUUUUUUGAUCGUGCAGAGAAGCUUGCCCGUGAGGCUUUGGAUAUAGAGCGGACAGAUGCGUGGUCUGUUCAUACUGUAGCUCACGUAAAUGAAAUGAAAGCAGAGGUGGAGAAAGGGUUGGCGUUCAUGAAGGAAACAGAAGACAACUGGAAGGGCAGUGAUAUGCUUGCUUGCCACAAUUACUGGCACUGGGCUUUAUACUUUAUGGAAAAGGGGGAACAUGAGGCUGCUUUGACAAUUUAUGACAACCACAUAGCUCCCAGGCUCCUGUCGGGUAGAAGCAUGCUGGAUUUAGUAGAUAGCUCUUCGAUGCUGUACAGGCUUCACCUGGAAGGUGUGAAGCUUGGAGACAGGUGGGACAAUGUCCUGAAGCGUGCAAAGCAGCACAGCAAAGACCACGUUCUUCUUUUCAAUGAUGCACACGUGUUGAUGUCCUCACUUGGAGCCAAAGACCACAAAACUACGAAUGAGCUUUUAACAACUCUUCAAGAACUUGCCAAAGGGAUAUUUUCAGCCAGCUAUUGAUUCAUGCUGCUUUAAAUUGCAAAUCCCAAGCCAAACAAAACCUCGCUAAGUGCCUCCUGAGAGAGCGUGAUGUGAUGAGACCAAAUUCACCAAUGACAGAGCGACUCAUAAGGAGGGCAGCGGCUGUUCAUUCAGUGGCAUAAAUCUGUCCUCACUGCUAGCAAU